AUGUCAGAGUUUCUCGAUAUCUGUCCCACUCACAGAGAAAAUUGGCUCACAUGUGGCCCUUGCCUAGAAACUGCCUCAGCAGUCUGGUCCUUUGAGCAAGACAACCACAAGCUUCAAAAAGACCUUCGGCAUUUGAAAUCCCUUACAUUCAAUCUGGAAGAAAAACUGAAAAACCUUGAGCUUGCCUUCUCAGAUAUGCCCAAAAACUCAUUGCUACCAGAGUCAAAGCUUCCACUCUCCUACGUCAAAAAGCACUCCCUCAAAGACUACCUUCUCGACAUGCAAGUUCCCACCAAUUUUUUCACAAUCAUAAGAGACCAACAGCUUUCAAUCAGUUUCCUCCUCCAAACAGGCGCAAUUCCCACCGAAAAGAAAUGCGAAUGUGGGAACGAUAUGGUCCUUGCACACGAUGAUAUGCGUAAUGAAUAUAUAUUCAUAUGUGACUGCAGCAAACAAAAAAGUCUGAUUCAAGGCAGCAUUUGGGAAGGCACCAGACUGUCCCAGGAUAAAAUUUUGAUGUAUAUUUUCCUAUGGGCGAUGAACCUUGGCGAUAAAGAAAUCACUCAGCUUAUUGAUAUCAAUAAAAUUGAUGCCAUGUGUAUUGAUGCAAAACUUAGAAAAAUCAUAUCAGAGCAUUUCAUCAGAACUCUUCCAAAGUUCAAAGGAAUUGUAGAAAUUGAUGAGUCUUGCUUCAGAAAUUCAAGCAAAGUUCUUUCAUUUGGACAGAGUGCACCUGAAAAGUGGGUGUUUGGGCUGUACGAAAGAGAGUCAAAAAGAGUUUAUAUGGAGGUCGUCGCAAAAAGAACAACUGCAUAUUUAUUGCCAAUAAUUCAGAGUCAUUGUGAAAUAGGCACUACAAUAAUUUCAGAUCAAUGGGCUGCUUAUAAUAAACUUCCAGAGCUCGGGUUUCCUCAUUUUACAGUUGACCACUCAAGGUUUUUUGUAAAUCCUCACAGCAGAGAAAUUCAUACUCAGCAUAUCGAAAUUUCUUGGUGCUGGGCAAAAUAUGAUAUCAAGAGAAAAUACAGAAAAAUGAGCUGUCUUCAAGAAUACCUGAACGUUUUUUGCUGGAAAAGACAAUUUAAGAACAAUAAAAAUAAGAUAGGCGAGAUUGGAGAUAUCAUGAAAGCUCUACUGGAAUUAAUAAGCUCCUAUCAAAAGAAUUUGGGCAUGGAAAAGUUGGAGAAGGACGAUGAAGCUAUGUCUGCAAGUAAUUAA